GGCACCUAUGAACACACACACAAAUGUAUUAUAUUCAUCUAAUGUUGUGAGAGUUUAUUUAACAAAAUCAAGUAAACUCUCUUACAAAGAAGCCACUGCAGUUCGUCCGGUGAAUUUUCAGAUAGAUGAGAUUUCCUUGCCCAGUGCACCUCCUCGCAUUCGCUCAUGGACUUACUACUGUUUAAUUUUCCUUGAAAUUGUAAGUUUAUGAAAACUAAUGGAAUUAAAUCAAAUAAACAUUCUCACAAAUAAUCCACUGUAACUAGUCACAUAAAUUUCCAGAUCAGAUUUACUUGCCCAAUGCACCUCCACCCUCACAUUCCCUCAUCACACUUCUUGUAUUUGAUUUUCCUUGUAGUUUACGGAUUAUAAUGUAUUUGUAACCAUUCAAAACUAAAACUGAGUGUAUUACCGUAGAUUUAAAGCUGCUGGAAUUUUUUUCUCUCUCUUCUUUGGAUAUUUUUUUCCUUAUUCAGUUGUCUCGUAAAUAACUCCAAAAAAAUAUAAAAAAACACCGCAAUACCCAAAGGAAAGACCCCCCAAAAUUAAUAAAACCUAAAAGUACGUUGAAAUUAACGCUAAAAAAACGAUAAUAAUGCUUAAAUAAGGUGGACAUGAACAUAAACAGACAGAGGGCCACCAGUUUUACAGAACGUCCGAUACAGCAAGUUCGUAUAAGCUCCCUAACCAAACCCAAAACACUACGAAAAUAAUUCCUUGUUUAGUGUUUGGCGCUGAUACAAAAAGAAGAAAACCUUGGAAAAACACACACACGAAAUCUUUUUAGUAUCUGGUAUUGAGUAUAGAAGUGACGGAUCAUUGUGGAUAAUAUCGUUUGGUUUGGGCGUUAACAAUGACUGUCGAACUGGCCCUCUAGAGACCCCCAAAACUAGAAAAAGCUUCACUACUCGAAUUUUCACAACAGCUACGCGAGUGUCAUCAUGGCUCCAAACCACAGCAGGACCGGUUGUGUGACCACACGUGACAGACUUCAUGGCGACGGUUCUCUGCUCACAGUACUGAUUGGCUGACUGGCCGUCACCAUGGAGGGCACCGAGAUGGAGGAGAAGCAGCAGCCAGGGCACGCAGGAGCGAGGGCGAGGCAGACCAGCUCCUCCGUGGCGGUGAUCGGCGAUGAGGCCGUUCUUGGGGAGUCCUCUGUGGCCCUGGUGGAUGAUUAUGAUGACAGGCCUAAAGAGUGGUGGGGCGCCAGACACACCCUCGCCUUCCUGGGAUUCCUGGGCUUCGCGACCGUCUACGCCAUGCGAGUCAACCUCUCCGUCGCUAUCGUCGCCAUGGUCAAGUCGGAAGCGAUCGCGAACGACACCAAGAAUGAUUCCGGCGCCUGCCCUUUUCCUGACGACUGGGAUGAUUCAUCUGAUGCCGGCAACCAGAACGGCGAGUUCGAGUGGAGCGAGACAACGCAGGGCCUCAUCCUGGGCUCCUUCUUCUACGGGUACUUCUUCACCAACAUUCCCGGGGGGCGCGCGGCGGAGUACUUCGGUGGCAAGCGCGUCCUGGGCCUGGGAAUUCUUGUGACGGCGGUGCUGACGGUGCUCUCCCCCUUGUGUGCCGAGGUGUCCACGGGUCUCUUCGUGGCUGUCAGGAUUCUGGAAGGUCUCAGUGAGGGUGUCACCUUCCCCGCCAUGAACAUCCUCCUCGCCACGUGGGUGCCGCCCCUGGAACGAGCCAAGUUUGCCUCGGUGGUGUUCGCCGGGGCUCAGUUUGGCACGGUGGUCACCCUGCCCGUAAGUGGUUGGCUCUGCGACUCGGACUUCCUCGGCGGCUGGCCCUCCGUUUUCUACGUGUUCGGGGGUCUGGGAAUUCUGUGGAGCCUCGCCUGGUUCCUGCUCGUGUCUGACCGCCCCGACAUUCACCCCAGGAUAUCCCAGGAGGAGAAACAGUACAUCCUGAGGCAUUGUGCAGCGAAGAAGAGCCAGCCCGUGAGGAUGCCGUGGAAGGCUUUAGUAACGUCCCGCCCAGUGUGGUUCCUGGCCAUUGUGCAUUUCGGUAAUAACUGGGGCUUCUACACUCUUCUGACCGAACUUCCUACUUACCUCAAGGAGAUUCAGCACUUCGACAUGAAAAGUAACGGCCUCGUGUCCGCACUGCCCUACUUCGUGAUGUGGGUUAGCAGCCUCAUCUACAGCAAUGUUAUGGAGAGGCUCGUAGCUGCCGGGAUGCUGACGAUUCUGAAGGUUCGCAAGAUAUCAAUGGUCAUCGGAGAAUAUGGACCCAUGCUGGGACUGAUCGCCAUGUGCUUCGUAAAAUGCGACAAGACUCUGGCCAUCGUGGUGCUGUGCGUGACCACGGGAUGCAACGGGGCCAUCUACAGCGGCUACAUGUGCUCCCACCAAGACCUCGCCCCGAAUCUGGCCGGUUCCCUCAUGGGCAUCACCAACACCGUGGCCUCCAUCCCCGGCUUCGUGACCCCGCUGGUGACAGGAGCACUCACGGAGACGCAAACCGUGGACGCCUGGCAGACGGUGUUCCUCAUCUCUGCGGCCGUCUACCUCGUCACCAACAUAGGAUACCUCUUGUUCGUGCCAGCCACUGUGCAGCCGUGGAAUGAGGAGACCCCUUCGCAGGCGCCGGAGCAUGAAGAAAAGAAGUACUAGCCAUCCCCUUCGUCACCUGAGAGGAAGGCUUCACGCAUCAACGGGGGCACCAGAGACGAUCUUGAGGCAGACAGCAGGAGCGUCGCGGCGGGGAAGUUGAGGUCACAUUUAUCAUAAGCGCUACUCGUAUAUUCUAUUACAUUCAUGUGGCAAAAGUAUCCAUAUCCUACAAAGAACCAUGUCGUUUGUUUUGUUUAUCAGGCUGCAUGUGAUCGGUGGAUGCUGGGUUGGGGUAGGGGGGAUUUUCGUGCCAAAUAAAUCAGUGUCUUGAGCCGUGAACAACCAGUCUGUAGAUGCGUCCUAUGCACUAUUUCUUUAGUCAGCAUAUGCACACAGCAUCACGACUGUUUAUCAUAUUAGUUUUAAAGGAAAGCAUUUAUUUAUUAGUUUUUAUAUAGAUCUAUUUUAAUGGAUAAAUACACGUUUGUUGACCUAUAC